CUGUAUGAAGCCAUACUACCGGAAAGCGGCGCAUAUCAGUGACACACUCUUUUCGCUUGGAAGAAGCAGCGCCGAUGCGGGUAGCCUAUCACUCUCCCUUUCAGACGAUUCCUCCCAAGUAGGCUCAGAGCCAAGCAGUCGAUCGCUUGCCUCGUCUUCGCGAUCCGCGUAUUCCGUGUCUACUUCCCCACAUAAAAAACCAACGACGCGGAAGUCAGGACGAGGGGGCCUAGGCAACAUCACCACUCUCAGCGCCGAAGCGUCCAUGGCAGCCAUCCCGUCCGACGACGACUCCCAAGUGGGCUCGGAACCCUGCCGCCGGUCCUAUGCGUCUUCCUCGCCCCGAUCAGAGUAUUCCAAAUCGGCAAAGCAGAAAUCCGGGCGGGGAGGACUGGGCAACAUCACCGACAACAUGUCCCCAGACGAACCGCUGCGACCGCAAACGGCGGAGAUCAUGGCCGCGCAGCACGUAGCGCAGGAACGGUACGAGGCUGGCGUGCGACAGGCGCACGCAGAUGCCCACCCUCAGCGCUAUUCGGGUCGUGGCGGAUCCGGCAACAUACAUGCUCCUUCCAAACCAAAACCGCGCGCUCGAUCAGUCGACGCACGGCCGUCGAGCACUUUCGACCUGAAACAGCGGCACUCGAUGAGUGAAACGACGCCAGAAGAGGGGACGACGCCUCCGGUCAAGUGGGAUGCAAGGCUCAAGCGACGCGUGCGGGAUGUUACACAGCGCGUUUCACGAGCCUCUUUGAAUCGAGGCACAAAGUAG